UUCUUCUUAAUUAUAUUUCAGUUUCUUCUCUAUUUAAUUAUUUCCCCUUUUUGCAAUUUAAUUUCUAGCUUAAGACUUUUCGUAAAGUUUUCUCUUUCUCCCUUUUUCUCAUCACUCAUCUUCUCUUUUCUGUAUUUAUACAUUUAUGUCAAAGAAAUUGUUAUUAUAAUUCAUGGCUUUGCAGAAACAUCUUUCAGUUAUUUUCUUUGCUUGUUUGAUCAGCUCUUCUUAUGCUUAUCAAUUCUACGUUGGUGGAAGAGAUGGUUGGGUUCCUAACCCUUCCGAAAAUUACAACAAUUGGGCUGAACGAACGAGAUUCUCAGUCAAUGACACUUUACUGUUCAAGUACAAGAAAGGAUCAAACUCAGUGUUAGUAGUAAACAAGGAUGAUUAUGACAAGUGCAACACUGAUAAUCCAAUCAAGAAAAUGGAAGAUGGCAAUUCUAUAUUCAAGUUUGAUCGUUCUGGUCCUUUCUUUUUUAUUAGCGGAAAUAAAAAUGAUUGUGAAAAAGGAUCACAAAAAUUAAUUAUUGUUGUUUUAGCUAUUAGAACUCCUCCUUCUUCUCCUACACCACCUACCCCCUCAACUCCAGCUCAUGGUCCAGUAGCUUCUCCUCCGGCAACAUCUCCGGCGACAUCUCCGGCUACUUCUCCAGUUCCUGCUCCUGUAAAUCAAACACCUACUUCAUCUCCAGGAAAUGCUCCAACUCCGGCAACAUCUCCAGUUCCUGCUCCUGUAAAUCAAACACCUACUUCAUCACCAGGAAAUGCUCCAACUCCGGCGAAUUCUCCGGCUACAUCUCCGUCAACAUCUCAUGCGCCGUCAAUCAAUAGUCCAUCACCUUCUCCAUCGCCGUCAAUAACUCCGGCGACAUCUCCGGCACCGGCGAUUAUUUCACCAUCCGGAGCCAUAACAGCUCCAUCGCCUUCAUCGAGUGGCUCAUCAUCAUCAUCUCCAACUUCUUCUCCGGCAACAAGUACGUCGGGAUCACCAGGGAAGUCAUCGCCGGGAAGUAUUGCUCCGGAAACCGGCGGUGGGAACUCACCGCCGGCGGAUAUUCAGUCACCUACUGGUUCAACGCCCAACAGCAAGAAUUCAGCAGUAAAAGCAUUUACUCCUUCAGCUGUAUUGAUGUCAAUCGUUUUGACUAUAGUUUUCGGUGGAUUCGUCGUUUCUCCUUAGUGGAAAAUAGUCCCCAAAAAAAAAGAGAGAGAGAAAAUACUAAAUUAUGUAGUUACUUAGUUUGGUUUUCUUUCUCAUUUUUUUUUUUUUUUCCUCUUUUGUGUUUUGUUUGAUUUUUGGUACAUUGAAUUGUUGGGAGUUUUGGAUAUAUACAAAGGCAGUAUUUAGUUAUUAUGUUAA